AUGAAGGAGCAUGUGCUCCAGAGCCUGGUCCCACUGCUCCUCCUUGUGCAUGAUGAGCGCCCCAACGUGUCCCAGGUGUGUUGGGACACCCUCAGCAGUGCCGCCCAAUUCCUGAGGUGGCACCAGCUCAGUGGCCUCAUCCAGCACAAGGAAACCUGGCGAAGCUGUGACUGCCUGGUGAUCCACUACAAGGAGAGAGCUGAUGACUUCCUGGGCCAGACCAUGGCCUUCCUGCAGAACCCACAGACUCCAGUUAGGGAAGCAGCCAUCAGGUUCCUAGGGCUCACUGCCCGGAAGCUGGACCAGGGGAGCCAGGACAAGCUGGACGCCAUCUGCGACAACCUCAAAGGCUUGCAGCAGGACAGCAAGUCCUCAGUCCGAUGCCUGGCUUCUCAGACCAUCUUCAUCCUGGAGGCCUUCAAGAACCAGCCUCCAGCCUGCUGCAGCCUAUGGACAUUGGUCCAUAGGAUAAGAACAAUGUGCACUGCGGAGAGCCAGCUCAUUGAAGCUGCCCAGCUGCCCUAGGUCUGGGAAAAGCCAGCCUCCCUUCUCUGGGGGCUUGGUGCAUCAGAGCCCACCUGGAGCAAGGUGGAACACAUGGCUUCUUCCCAACUGGCUGCCUGCCCUGCCCAGCCAUGUGAGUAGUUAACUGCUCGAUAGCUUUCAUCAUCAUGUACUUUUGGACAGGUUUCCAUGCACCGUGUUG